AUGAACUUCUUGGUUAUUGCAGUAUUGUUUUUAGUGGCGGCCUGUCACGCAAACCCUUAUGGUCGGUACGGAGGGUACGGCGGGUAUGGAGGAGGCUACGGAGGUGGCAGCGAAUACGAUCACGCUGGCUUUGACAGAGGGGGCCACGGUUACUUUGGCGAGGGGUACGGCAGCAGUGGUAUGAAUCAAGGACAUGAUAUUCGCCACCAGGAAAAUGAGUUUGACUCGUCAGUCCAUCAACACCAAGUCUCGGACCACAACAUCGGUGGUGUGUCGUCGGGCGGUCGUGGAGGCCACCAGCAUUCUGGUCAUGGCGGUUAUGAAUCGGGCCUGAAUGACUACGGUCGAGAGUUCGGACACGGCUAUAACUAUGGGAUAUAA